AAAAAAAGCUAGAACAUAUGGCCUUACUUCCCAAAUAGUAGGUUAAAGGACGGGGUCAUAAACCAAUGAAAGUUAUGAGGAGGCGGGAUCACUGCUUUCGCCCCGCAAGAAGUACCGUUAGAGGGCAGACUUUUUGUCCAAUCAACACCUCAAGACUUUGGGUCAGGUGACCGUCGAGUGUGAGGGGCGGAGCUACAGUCUGGCGCGAGGAACCGUUAAGAUGGACAACGAAUAUAACCAAUGAGGUACUCUGACUCGGGCGUUGGGAACCCAAUAACAGUGGUUGGGCGGGCGCCUUCCCGGAGCGCGGGGAGAUGUAAAGACAGACAAAUAGUUUUCCCAAUGAGACUGUAGAAGUGUGGAGCUAAUUGACCAAUGAAGACUGCGGGGCGGGACCCUCUGCCGCGGCAGAGUCCAAGAUGGCGGCGUGCGGUUCCGCUGUGUGAAACGAGCGCGGGGCGGCGGGUUAGUCAGUUCCGCGGAGAAGAUCUCCGACGACCCGCUACCAUGAAGGGAAAAGAGCGCUCUCCGGUCAAGCCGAAACGCUCCCGUGGUGGUGAGGAUUCGACUUCCCGCGGGGAGCGGAGCAAGAAGUUAGGGGGAUCUGGUGGCAGCAAUGGGAGCAGCAGCGGAAAGACCGACGGCGGUGGCGGGUCGCGGCGCAGCCUUCAUCUGGACAAGUCUAGCAGCCGAGGUGGUAGCCGCGAGUACGACACCGGAGGGGGCAGCUCCAGUAGCCGCUUGCAUAGUUACAGCUCCCCAAGCACCAAAAAUUCCUCGGGCGGGGGCGAGUCGCGCAGCAGCUCCCGGGGUGGAGGCGGGGAGUCACGUUCCUCUGGGGCCGCCUCUUCAGCUCCUGGCGGCGGAGAUGGCGGGGAAUACAAGACGCUGAAGAUAAGCGAGUUGGGGUCCCAGCUGAGUGACGAAGCAGUGGAGGACGGAUUGUUUCACGAGUUUAAACGCUUCGGUGAUGUAAGUGUCAAAAUCAGUCAUCUCUCGGGUUCUGGCAGCGGGGAUGAGCGAGUAGCCUUUGUGAACUUCCGGCGGCCAGAGGACGCGCGGGCGGCCAAGCAUGCCAGAGGCCGCCUAGUGCUCUAUGACCGGCCUCUGAAGAUAGAAGCUGUGUAUGUGAGCCGGCGCCGCAGCCGCUCCCCUUUAGACAAAGAUUCCUAUCCUCCUUCAGCGAGUGUGGUCGGGUCCUCUGUAGGUGGCCACCGGCACCCCCCUGGAGGAGGUGGUGGAGGCCAGAGAUCACUUUCCCCUGGUGGCGCAGCCUUGGGAUACAGAGACUACCGGUUGCAGCAGUUGGCCCUUGGCCGCCUGCCCCCUCCACCUCCGCCACCACUGCCCCGAGACCUGGAGAGAGAGCGAGACUACUCGUUCUAUGAGAGAGUGCGCCCAGCCUACAGUCUUGAGCCAAGGGUGGGAACUGGAGCAGGUGCUGCUCCUUUCAGAGAAGUAGAUGAGAUCUCACCCGAGGAUGAUCAGCGAGCUAACCGGACGCUUUUCUUGGGCAACCUAGACAUCACUGUGACAGAGAGUGAUCUAAGAAGGGCCUUUGACCGUUUCGGAGUCAUCACAGAGGUAGACAUCAAGAGGCCUUCUCGGGGCCAGACCAGUACCUAUGGCUUUCUCAAAUUUGAAAACCUAGAUAUGUCUCACCGGGCCAAACUAGCGAUGUCUGGCAAAAUUAUAAUUCGGAAUCCUAUCAAAAUUGGCUAUGGCAAAGCUACACCCACCACCCGCCUUUGGGUAGGUGGCCUGGGUCCUUGGGUGCCUCUUGCUGCCCUGGCACGGGAGUUUGACCGAUUUGGCACCAUACGCACCAUUGACUACCGCAAAGGUGAUAGUUGGGCAUAUAUCCAGUACGAAAGCCUGGAUGCAGCUCAUGCUGCUUGGACCCAUAUGAGGGGCUUCCCACUUGGUGGCCCAGAUCGUCGCCUUAGAGUAGACUUUGCAGAUACAGAACAUCGUUACCAGCAGCAGUAUCUGCAGCCUCUGCCGUUAACUCAUUAUGAACUGGUGACAGAUACUUUUGGACACCGGGCACCCGACCCUUUGAGGGGUGCUCGGGAUAGGACACCACCCUUACUGUACAGAGAUCGUGAUAGGGACCUUUAUCCUGACUCUGAUUGGGUUCCGCCCCCACCCCCAGUCCGUGAACGCAGCACUCGGACUGCAGCUACUGCUGUGCCUGCUUAUGAGCCACUGGAUAGCCUGGAUCGCAGGCGGGAUGGCUGGUCCUUGGACCGGGACAGAGGUGAUCGAGAUCUGCCCAGCAGCAGAGACCAACCUAGGAAGCGAAGGCUGCCUGAGGAGAGUGGGGGUCGGCAUCUGGAUAGGUCCCCAGAGAGUGACCGUCCACGGAAACGUCAUUGCGCGCCUUCUCCUGACCGCAGUCCAGAAUUGGGCAGUAGCCGGGAUCGCUACAACAGCGACAACGAUCGAUCUUCCCGUCUUCUCUUGGAAAGGCCCUCUCCAAUUAGAGACCGACGAGGUAGUUUGGAGAAGAGCCAGGGUGACAAGCGAGACCGUAAAAACUCUGCAUCAGCUGAACGGGAUAAGAAGCACCGGACAACUGCUUCCACGGAGGGUAAAAGCCCUCUGAAAAAAGAAGAUCGGCCUGAUGGGAGUGCAUCCAGCACCAGCACUGCUUCAUCGAAGCUGAAGUCCCCUUCCCAGAAACAGGAUGGGGGGACCGCCCCUGCAGCAGCAGCAUCUCCCAAACUCUGUUUGGCUUGGCAGGGCAUGCUUCUGUUGAAGAACAGCAACUUUCCUUCCAACAUGCAUCUGUUGCAGGGUGACCUUCAGGUGGCUAGUAGUCUUCUUGUGGAGGGCUCAACUGGAGGCAAAGUGGCCCAGCUCAAGAUCACUCAGCGUCUUCGUUUGGACCAGCCCAAGUUGGAUGAAGUAACGCGACGCAUCAAAGUGGCAGGGCCCAAUGGUUAUGCUAUUCUUCUGGCUGUGCCUGGAAGUUCUGAUAGCAGGUCCUCUUCUUCCUCAGCCACAUCAGACACUGCCACCUCUACUCAGAGGCCACUUAGGAACCUCGUGUCCUACUUAAAGCAAAAGCAGGCCGCUGGGGUGAUCAGCCUCCCUGUGGGGGGCAACAAAGACAAGGAAAACACCGGAGUCCUUCAUGCCUUUCCACCCUGUGAGUUCUCCCAGCAGUUCCUGGAUUCCCCUGCCAAGGCACUGGCCAAAUCUGAAGAAGAUUACCUGGUCAUGAUCAUUGUCCGUGCAAAACUGGUGAACAACGGAUGAAGACAUGGAAUUCAAAGCUCUAAUGGACCUUUUUGAAGAGAAGUUGUGGCUUAUGUGAAGUUUACAUGGGCCUCUUGAUGGAAGAAAGCUAAUCUGUUUAGUAUUUGUGCAUUUUACUAAAAUGGCAGCUUAAAGUUGUGUAUCUGCUAUUGUGAUGCCAAUGCCGGUGUUUUAAGUGGAAAAAAAAAUGACCUUGCUUUGUGCUGUGUACACAAGAUUUCUGGAAAAGAAAAACCCUUUUUAUGGCUCACACAGCUUAAAAGUAGCUGUCACUCAAACGUGCGCUCACAGUUGAGCUGCUUUUGUUUUAUUCUAAAUAAAUUGUUUCUUUUGAGGAAAA